AAUUGGCCGCAAGGCGAAUUUUAUAACGAUUCACGAUUUUUUAUUUUAUGAAGCAUGUUUUCAGCUGUCCUUGUCGAAGUUCGACAGUAUGAAAGAAGUUGUUUCAUCUUAAACUGUCAUAACGCGGCAUUAUUUUAACUCAUGAGAGAUUGGUAGAAUGAUUUGAUUUGUCAAAGCUUAAGCUCAAAGACAAGGGAAAAGCCCAGAGUGGCAGGAGCGAAACCGAGCAGAUUGUUUUGAUUUCCUCAUGUCGAUAUCGUUUGUUCUAUAACCAGAGUGAACACAAAAAAAUAACAUAGCAGGACCAAAUUCGCAGGCUGGCUACGCCACUGCUUGAGAUUAAAGUUAAAGACUGGUAAUUUUGACUGGAAAUGGCUGGUCUGAUUUUUUCGUAUGAAGGGGAAUUGAUUCAUCAGGCAGCCAUUUAUGACCAGGUUGAGUUUCUGUUGAAUUUGCUGUCCAUCCCAAGCAAUGGCGAUGCAAACAUUAGAGAUCAGCAAGGAAGAUCUCCUGUACACACAGCGGCACAACAUGGCAGUGAAAAGUGUCUGAAACUGCUGCUUGAAAAUGGAGGUAAUCCAAACUUGGUGUCUUCUCAAACAGAUUGUUGCUCUACGCCUGCGCAUCACGCAGCUUAUAAUGGCCAUUUUUUAUGCCUAAAGCUGUUAGUGGAGAAGGGUGCCGACCUUGACAUUUCUAACGCAAAUGGUAGAACUCCUAUCGAUCUGGCUAUAGAAGAAAGACAUACAAGUUGCGCUAAAUUCUUGAAAGAUGAGGAAGUUCGCAGACACAAUUUGCAGAUAGCUGGAUGGCAAGAAGAGGCUUUUUCUGCUACUGCCAGAGGAAAUUUUCAUCGUUUGAAAGAAAUAAUUGAACAACUUGGUAAUGAGUUUGAUGUUGACAAGCAGUACGCUGCAGGCGAAACACUUUUGUUAAAGGCUUGCGAGAAUGGAAAUGUGGACGCUGUUGAUUUGUUACUUGCUUCUGGAGCAUCGGGCACGUGUAACCCUUAUUCGGGAAUAUCCCCCCUCUAUGCUGCAUGUGUGAACCAGAAUGUGGUUGUCGUGAAGAAGUUACUACGGCGAUUUCCGAAUCUUGCCAAACAUGGAACGAAAGUAGAGAAUAACAAUCCUCUGCAUUUUGUGUCAGGGUGUGGAAAUGUUGAAAUUGCUAAGUUGUUAUUACAAACCGACGAUGGGUCUGAACCUUAUCCCUGCCUUGGUAUUGACAUUAACUGUGAAACGUCCAGCGGUAUGACCCCAUUGCACAACGCAGCAAUUGCUGGACAUAUUGAAAUUAUCAACUUGCUGUUCAAUCCAAAUCACCACUGUUGCACACCGUGUUCGAUGAAGUCGAACGUAAAUGCGAAGUCGAAGGUCGGACGCACGCCGCUGCACGACGCUGUGACGUUGGGAAACGUGGAUAUUGUCGAGGUCUUGCUCGAACACAAAGCGAAUCAAAUUGUGCGCGAGAUAAUGAAGAUGCUAUUACAUCAUGGCGCCCAAGACUUCGGCAACAAAUGUCUCCAUUAUGCUACCACGAAUGACAAUGAAGAAAUGACCAUCAUCCUUCUUGGAAAAGACGUACAUCCAAGUCAUGAAUACAGUUUACCAUUGAAGCUACGCGAGCAACACAAUGACUGGGCUCCAAUAUCUAUCGUUUGGCAUAAUUAUGACCUGCACAAGAUCGAGGCUGCGUGGUUAUACUCAGCGCCAAAGGCCAUUCUUAGACCAGCGGUGUCAGCGACCAUGAAUAAUUUGAUGUUGGCGUCUUUGAUCACCAACUUGGAUCUUUCUAACAAUCGUUUGCAGAGUUUACCUAUUGAAAUAUUUCAACUAUCUUCACUGAGGCAUCUCAAUGUAUCCCACAACGAGUUGAGUAUGUUGCCUGUCGGAAAAAGUCGUAACGACGCCGAAAGCUCCUCGGCCGAUGACGUUUUGUCGAAAAUCGUACGGAUCGCGGUGUGGUACUGUCCGCAUUUGGAGGAAAUCGAGCUUCAAUAUAACAAUCUGACAACUCUUCCGGGCUGUCUACUUCCGGCUUUGCGAAUUGUGGACGCCAAUAACAACGAUCUUAAUGGCCUACCAUACGAUAUUUGGCACAGUCCUAAUUUGAGGAUUGCCAUUUUCAGUAACAACUACAUCGAUAAUGUACCAGUUCUUCCGAACUCCAGCGAUGUUGUUAGCGGUAGCAAUUGGUCAAGUCCGAGAUUUAAUGGCAAUACUUCAUAUGAAAGGCAGAGCUCAUCGACUUCGUCUUCCGAUAGGCGCGGGAAUGAAGAUAGGAGAAAUGAAAAACCGCAGGAAAGGCGGCUCAGGAUUAUAAGCUACCGGACGUUGCUAGGCGACGCAAACCCGGAAGCUGACGAUUCUGACGAGGAAGAGCUUGAUACACAAGUGGAGUGUGUUAUAGAAAAAUUGGAUCUGUCAUACAACCAGUUGACUAAAUUUCCUAUUGGUUUAACGUGUUUGGCUCCAAAGUUAUCAAAAUUACUUCUCUCGAACAACGGCAUCGAUGAAUUUCCGCCAAUUCAAGAAAUUCCGGAACUUUUGUCCCAUUUGGACUUGUCCUUCAACAAAAUACAGACAUGCUCAAAUUAUGACGACAACCAGUGUGACAGGUUAUGUUACAGCCCAGUAAGAAAACGUCGCUCAACUCGUCGCACGCGAAGCCGAACUUCGACGUCCUCGACCAUGCGAACGUGGUGUCGUCAUUGUAGGCACCGACAAUUACGUCAUUUGAAAAGACUAGAGCUGAACAACAAUCUGUUGUCGAGAAUACAUUGCUUACAACACCCUAAUGCUGACAGUGAUAUUUGUGUUUACCCAAAUCUUAUGUCGCUAACACUGAGCCAUAAUAAACUGGAGUAUUUAACGGAAGAACUUGGCAAACUAGUUAAACUUGGCUCAUUAGAUGUGAGUUACAAUCCGCUGACACGUGUACCUAAGUUGCCACCUUCCAUAGGAUUGCUAGGGGAUCUUUGGGAUCUUAAUGUGAAAGGAUUGAAUUUGUACGAUCCACCUCCUAACGUUCUUGAAAAGCGAACCAAGGCUAUCACCGGAUAUCUGUUAUCAAUACUGGAUGAGGCUCAGCCAUAUCCAAGCUUAAAACUUAUGUUUGUUGGUGUUUCCAAUAUUGGCAAAACCACAUUGCUGGGGAAGCUCAAAGGAGAUACAAAUACGACUAAAGGAUGGCAUGAGAGAAAAGUAUUGCAGAAAACGCCACUACCAUCUUCAGCUAUAAGGAUCUUAAAGCUUAGAAGAAAGUUGUGUAAAUAUGAAACUUUUGACUUUUGUUUUUGUAGAGAAUAUUACGCGACUCAUCAGUUAUUUCUCACACAUCGUGCAUUAUACCUUGCCAUAUGGAAACUGACUGAUGGUGAGGAUGGAGUGCGAAAAUUAUAUUCUUGGCUUUUAAAUAUUCAGGCAAGAGCACCUGACUCUGUGGUCAUCAUUGUCGGGACUUUUUACGACAAACUUUCUGCAAAAGACAAGAAAAGCGGAUUUGUCGAUCGCAUGCACAAUCUUAUUCGUGAAUUGUAUGUCGGAAAGGAGCUUGGAGGUGGUGUCGGAAUCCCCCGCGAACGUGGUCUUCCGAACGUUGUUCGGACGAUCGACGUUAGUUGUACUACCGGUCAUCAGAUCAGUCAACUGAGAGAAAUCAUUUACAAUACUGCUUUGGAAAUCAAAGGACACGGUGGUUAUACCUUAGUGGAAGAGCAGAAAAUUCCGGCCAGUUAUCUUGCUGUUAAGGAAGCUGUUCUCAACAUUGCAAUAAAGUGCAAUUAUGCAAAUCAAACUCCUGUGUUGAUGGCUGACGAUUUCAGACAAAAGGUUGAACAUGAACUCGAUUUAAAACAUGUAAAACUACGAGAUGACGACGAACUGGCACAAGCUUGUCAAUUUCUUCACGAUAAUGGUAUAUUGUUACAUUACGAUGAUCCCUCGUUAUCUGGACUAUAUUUUCUUGAUCCACAAUGGCUCUGUGACAUGAUGGCUCAUGUCGUUGCUAUCAGAGAUGUAAAUCCUUUCGUUCAAAAUGGUGUAAUGAAAUCCUCUGAUCUCUCACACAUUUUCAAGAGUGAUCGCUUUCCAUCACAAUUCAUCAAUGAAUACGUUAAUCUACUCAACAAGUUUGAGAUGGCUUUACCGUUAAUUUCUCAUCAUCUUCUUGUGCCAUCUCUUUUGCCUGAAAACAAAUCAGGCCAUCAUAUAUCCGCACCAGGCUUAAACACUGUUGUUGCUACGGCGAUGAACAUGAUGACGUAUACCGAGAACAGAGUGAUCAGGCGGCAAUACUUGAUGUCGUACGUUCCAAGUGGUUUCUGGGCUCGUCUCAUCACAAGGAUGAUCAACGAUAAACAGUUAGAAUCUGCGGUCGGCGAUUGCUUGUCCUUCACAAUGAAUCAACAAUCCGUUAUAUUAGAACAUCGAGAAAAGUCAAAAAUUGCACAACCUGAGUGGUCGUGUUGGAAGACUGGUCUCGAGUUGUCCUGUUAUGGUGUCAAACUACUCCGAGUUUGUCAACUGGAGGACGGAGUCCCAUUUUAUGGUUGCCCAAAAGAUAGUGAACGAAUACAGCUUUUGAUUAAUGGAGAGAAAAAGGAUAAAUCAUCGUCCAAUGUUGUCGAAAUUAUAGCUCCCAGUGUUAUGCUGGAAAUUGAAAAGUCUGUCGUGAAUAAACCACUUGGACGAAGAAACUCAGGUCAGCAAGAUUCACCGUCAAAAAAUUACUUCUCGUUUUCAAUCAAAUCAGUGAAGGAUUCAAACGUUAAAACUGCUGCUCGUUUUCUCGCCUUGACCAUUCACCAUAUCGACAACCUGUUAGAAGACUGGUAUCCAGGUCUCGAUUCCAUCAACAUCUACGGUGAGAGUUUAGUAAAUAGGCUUAUUCCAUGUUCAAAAUGCUUGCGUCGUAUCAUCACCACGGCAACAGUGACGUCAUCAAAACCAAAGAAUAUACCAUCAAACGACCAUUGGCCAAAUUCACACAAAAGUGUUUUCUAUUUUAAUACACCUCCAAAUAGUCCUCAAAUUCAUUCAACGCCUUUAUCGUCUAAGAACGGGAUUAUAUCGCCGUCUUCCGGAAGUGAUUCGAGUUUUGGAUUUGAGAACGAGAGCGGCUUUGCUGUUACUGAUUCUGACGCAAUGUCACGUGAGUCGUCACCAGCCUCUAGCGUAGACAACCACGACGGGAAUGGGUACGAGCAACAAUCAUCUGACACUGAUACGGACGGUUUUUCAACUAGCUCAGCGACUUCUGGCGUUCAGUCCAGUCCCCAGCAUAGGGGAAGCUUUGAUGCGAAGUUAAUUGCGACAUUUUCGUUCGAGGAGUGUGUCGUGAGUUCACAAACGUCUGAUCACGUGUACUGCCUCAUCGAUGGAAAAUUAUUCUUUCGAGAGGAAGCCCCGGAUGUAGUUUUUGCCGACGUUGCACCGGAAUUAAACAUCGACACGAAUUGCGUUGAUCGAAGAAAGAAACUGGGACGAGGAACAUUUGGUACCGUUUAUGCUGCUGAGAUCAAGCUUAAUGAUGGGAGUGUUGAACAGGUCGCUUUAAAAAUGCCCCUGGACACUGCUGUGGACGAGAAUGCGAGCGAAGAGGAGAAGAAUGAGGCAAAAAUGUUGCAACGUAAAAUUCAAGAAGUGCCACAUUUGGUUUUUACUGAGGCGUACAGAACCAUACGUCAAGAGCUGUCAAUUCUGGUCAAUCUAAAUCACCCGCAUAUUCUCCAGUUGAGGGGAUUCUGCCUUAAUCCGCUUUCUUUAAUCCUCGAGUUCGCACCGAAGAAGAGUUUAGAUCGAAUUCUAGCGGACUACAAGCGAGCAGGACAACGACUUGAUCCUUUUGUUCCAAAAUGUGUAGUUCAGUGCUCCGCUGCGCUGAAAUAUCUUCACCAGCGUCACAUUAUUUAUCGUGAUCUCAAAUCCGAAAACAUUCUUGUUUGGGAAUUUCCGGAGCCGUUUACACCCAAUCAGAGCGCACAUACUGUCUUGAUCAAGUUAGCCGACUACGGUAUCAGUAGGUCAGCGUCAAUGGCUGGCGCUAAAGGACUUGGUGGCACACUUGGUUUUAUGGCACCGGAGAGAAAAUAUUCAGGACGGGAAUCCUACACUGAUAAGGUCGAUUCUUUUUCAUUCGGGAUGUUUAUGUACGAGUUAAUCACAUUGAAUCAACCAUUCUCCGAUCUGAACCAAGCGCAGAUUAAACAGAUGGUAGUCGAAGGGAAGCAACCACUGUUAACGUCAAAGGACAAACGUGCGCCAGUGUUUGCAUUAGAAUUAAUGUUAUGGUGCUGGUCGCAGAAUCCCGAGAAGCGUCCGUCAAGCAACGAAAUCUAUUCAAUAUCGACGUGUUCGGAGUUUCCAAGAUUACUUGACGUGUUAACGUUUAACGAAGCGACAAGUCUCUCUAAACCUAUCACAACUCGAUCACGUGACUAUGCAGGACAAGGCGCAGAUGGGCAACUCAGUGUGGGUAAAGAAGUGUGGCUUUUUCACAGUAAAUUUAUUAAAGGUGUCACGAAAGACAUUGUGGAUGUUUUGUCUUUCAGUAAUGGACGUUCGGAUCACAUGGAGGAAUUUGUGCUCGACAAAUACACGAUACGCGUUGCGUGCAGCGUGGGCAAUACGGUGUGGCUUGGGACCAAGUCGGGUGUUAUACUUGUCUAUUGCGCCAUUACGUACAAACUGCUUUGCCAGGCUUUGGCGAGCGACAAACUAAUAAUGGCGAUGAUUCACGCGCCCAAGUGUAAUUGUGUGUUUGUAUCGUUUUAUCAUGGGCAAAUAAUGGCGUAUUCUGACAACGUUUACAGUAAAUUUCGAGAAAGUUGUGAUAUUCCUUCUCCUAAAGACCUCACUCCAUUACGCGUUUAUGUCGGUGACAAUUUCGCCCACAGUCUUGCCAUCAUUGGCGUGCCUAAGGACAACCAUGGAACCGAGGGACCAGUAGCGAUAGAGUACGAGGUCUGGUUAGGACGAAUCAAAGGCCGCAUACUAAUUCUAGAUGCCGAGACACUCAAGGAGAAACAAGAGAUAGCCGCAGAAGAUUGCGAACUAGACAAUCCAAUUCUAGAUAAUCUGGCCGUGACGUCAUUGCAAACCUGCCAAACCUUUAGUGGUAAUAUUGACAAGUUUGAUCCCCUGGCCACAUCUGUAUGGAUAGCGGUCUACCCUGGCACGUGCGUGUAUCGUUACGACGCACGUGCGAAAUGCCUGUUGAAUAGUGUGGAUUGCUUGCAGAAUCAUCUCGCGGAAGAAGGUUCUCAUAGCUAUACCGCUGACCAAAGACACAAAGUCACCGAAGCACAAGUGCUCUCGCUGUUGGUGGUCAACAAAGAACUAUACAUUGGUACCAGUAGUGGUGCUUUUCUGGUUUGCAAUAGUCUAUCGCUUUUAGUCUACUCCGUUAUACGAUGUCAUAAAUCCUAUCUGGAGUCGUUGUUGCCAUUGACUACCACGCCAGUCACGUGGAAUCUUGAUACCGCUGAUGCCGCG